AUGGCCCUCCAUCAAGAUAUUCUACCCAUCCCCUCGCCCACCAUGCUGUACCAUGGAGACCAAUACCAAGACACAUCCUCCUUAAUACAGCCGAAACUAGAAUGUCAGGAUGUAACCGAAACACUCAACUCUGCUGGGCCUCAAGUCUUGUCCUGCGCCUUCAGAGCUCAGAAAGUUCCUGGCACUCGAUGUCCUACGUGUGCCUUAGCUGGCAAAGAAGUUUGGGUAAUUCCUGGCCGCUGCUGCGGAUACUGCGGUACUCCUUGUGUCGACUAG